GUACAUUCAGUGAUCGCGAAAAGAACGGAGGUUGGACUGGCAGUAGACGUGCGGGUAAUGGUUUGCUGCUUGUCAGCAUGCCCAAUCACCAUUGGAGAAAGACACCGACUCUGCCGUCUGCUGUGGAGAUGGUGAAGCAAGAUUGGAGAGGACAUUUUUAUUUCAGUUGGUACUAGAAAAAAGGUGUAUUAGUCUAGUGGUUAAAGAAGGAUGGCAUGGAAAAGAAGACUCUUAUUAACAGUGAUCUGCUGCCUGUCAGGCAGCCAGUCAGGCUACCAGUAUACUACUGUAAAGUAGACAAGCCCACAGUAACCUCUUAUUGGAAGAAAACUUUGAUGGACAAGGAGCGAUUGAACCAGCUGACUUCCAUGGACACAUCUGGCAACGAUUUGGCAAAUGAGGCUGCAGACCUCGGAGGGGUCACAGACAAUGGGACUGCAAAUCUGGAAGAGGACACUGCCAGUCAGGUUUCAGAGAUGGGUGGAAGCCAAGCCAAUGAGAGUGAGGUGUCAGGAGGGAUCCGAGCCAAUCAGACUGUAGAUUUAGGAGGGAUCCAUGCCAGUGAAAGUGUGGAGUCUGGCGUUGAGCCAGAUGAAACAGCUGGCCGGUUGAAGAGUGAAAUGUUAGGUGUUGGAGCGGAGGGCCGCAUCGAGGCUCGGUCCAGUGAAGACUGGGACCGGAGGGAGGUCGAGUCUGAGGCUCCAGUCGUGGUUGAAGGUGUCGAGGUUGAGCUAGACGACAGUCUCCCUGGCUGGCUGGAGCCCCUCGAGGAAGAAGAUGUAGAGGAUGAUGAUGAAGAUGAUGUGGCACCAAUGGUCUCCCAUUUUCCCUCUCUCCAGCUGGGGCUGCUGUCCCCUCACAGGCUCAGCCCCACAGCAACACACCCAGCUCUCCCCCAGCUGCCCCAGUCCCUCCUGUGUCCCAUCAGCCCCAGCCCAACCACUGAGAAACAGAGCCAAAACCAACGUUCUACACCAUCAGACAGGGACUCAGCAAACCCCAGGAAGCCCCACUACGUCAGGCUUCUCACCAGGCAGGCUUCAGGAAGAGUCGGCUCCUCCCUCAAUGGGCACGACCACGUGAAGAAACUGCAGGGCAGAAGCUGUGCCAAGUGUGGAGACUCACUCCCAGACUUGAAGACGGGUGACGAGGAGGAGCUGUGUCCCUCGUGCAAAUCAGAGAAAAAGUCUCCUCCAAGUAUCGUAUUCAGGAAGGAGUGGAAACAGUCUUCUAGAGGUAAACCAUUGAAACACACAGAGGUGGGGGCUGACCGGUGGGUGCUGGGGAGGUUCAAGGAGGAGGAGGAGGACGAGGAGGAGCACAGCAGGACUUUGAAGAGAAAUGCCAAGAUGGUGACAAAGGAAGAGGCAAAGCAGGAGCAACGGAAAGCACAGAAGCUCUGCAAGUCCCCCUCACAGAGUGAGACUGGUGACACCUUCCAGAGAAAACCCUUCAGAGUCCCUCAGGCUCAUGCCAAAGGGAAGACAUCAUCUCCUGCUUUCAAGAUUUUUUAUCGUAAGUUUCGUAGCGUGGCCUGUACGAAGUGUGCCGCUUGUCUGCGUAAGGACUGUGGCAAGUGUAAAUACUGCAUGGACAAGCCCAAGUACGGGGGGAAGGGCAGGCUGAAGCAGAAGUGCAUCAUGCGCAGAUGCAGAGCUAUGCAACCAGCCAAGGCCAGCCAGGACCUGCUUGGGCCUUAUGUCGCUAGACCCAGCCUGAGAAAAGUGCCCCGGAAACGCAAGAGAUCCAGCUCAGAAGACACGACGGAGGAGGAUGAGGAGGGAGAGAACAGCAUCUGCAGUGGAGACAGGGAGUGGACCCCUCAUGUGAAGACGCAGAACAAGGAACAUACUGCCACUCCGGUGAAACAUCUGGCCUCCUACGUGGUGGUGAACCCUCUGACGGGUGAAGUGUUCCGAGCUGUGGCCCCACCCACUCAGGAGCAAGGUUCACACAAGUACAACCAGGUCAAUGGCCAUCCUUUCCCCCCCAACGUACUCGGCGCACCCAAUCUGCCCUCCCACUUCACAACUCCAUCAGGUGUCAGCCCUGGCCUGCCUAGCUACCUGGAUGGUGUUCCCCUAACCUUAGUCCAACCCAAAGAGGAGAGCACUGACUACCAGUGCUGGCCUCCACCCACACUCAACCAGCCCAGCAAGGAGAAUGGCCAGCCUUUGAAUUAUGAGAACACAUUGAACCAGCCUAGUCACCUGUUCCAGCUGAAAGAGGAGUUGGCUCCAGUGGAGUGUGGUGAGGCUGACAGGGUGGUGGACAUAGAGGUGGAGCUUGAUUUUGGUUCACCAAUCAGAUCAUCUGACACACUUGGCAUGAGCGAAGAGGUCAGCACUGAGGUGGAACGUGAGGUCACGCUAGAGGAGGAUCGAGAAGGCAGUACUGAAUUGGAGCCAUACUGUCUGGCAGAGACGACCGAGGUCAUAAACAGGCUGGACGGCAAAGAGAGGGCGCUGUUGCGUUUCCUGCGCGUGCUGCGCCGCACCGUGCUGCCCGCCCACUGGGUGUGUGUGAUGGCGGCGGGGCCCAGGCUGCAGCUGCUGCAGUGUUCCAAGCUGUCCACCAUGGGAGACACCGUGCUGAACAUCCAGCCUGGCUUCUCCUACCAGCUCACCGUGCAGCGCCACCACCUGCUGCCCACGCACACCCUCUACGACUCGCACCCGCUCUGCUUCGCCAACACCAGCCAGGUGGUGAGCCUACUGCUGGAGCUGGAGGGCAUGGCCGUGUGCCGAGGGUUUGAGCAUGGCCUGCCCCGGAGCUUCUCAGAGCCCGUCCUAUUGGUCAGGGCUGCCACCUGCCUCCUGCUGGUGCCCCAAUCACAGGAGCGCUGUGAGCACUGCCAGGAAGUACUGCCUCUCUGACCAAGGAAGGGACUAAGUGACAGGAUGGCAGAGGAGGAGGGUGACAGGGACAGGAGACACUGUCACAGUCAGAGGAGGCUGAAUGAUGGAGGAAGGGGGGGGGGUGAGGGAUCAAUGGUGAGAAGAGGGGAGGGAAGCGAAGGAAAAUAUAGACUUGGGCGGAUGAGAGAAAGAAGAGGAUUGAUGAAAAGGUGGUGUCGGAGAAUCCAGCAUGACAUCCAACAGAAUAGUUGUUAUGAAAGUGUUGUCCAUAUGUAACAGUGUUUUCCACUGUCAGAAACUGUGGCUCCACGUAAGCUGUAUAACAAGCAGUUGUAACCCUGUUAAGGAAUAUCCCUUAAGUUCCUUCCAGUCACAGGAUUCCUUUCUCUCUCAUCUGUGCUGCACUGAUACUCACAAUGGGUGCUGCUACAGCUUGUGGACCCUUCCGCCAGGUAAUAGUCAUCACUGAUGACUAUAUGCAGGAGACAAACGUGCACCCUACUGUAGAUGUCCUUUCGUCCCAGUGAUGUCAUCAUUAAAGGCCGGGAAUCUUAUUUAAGGCUUGGAUGACACCAGCAUUUCUGUCUAAGUAAGGGGUGGCUGGUUAAAUCUGAGCUUCAACAUGAAUGCAGUGAAAUCUGCGUUACAAACUUGACUACCUCUUUUGAGUUUCUGGACCUUCAACUACUUUCAAACUUUACAAAGGCUCAUUUAGUCGUUUCCAACGUACUCCAACCUCAGUCGUCUGGGCGGAGUGACACCCACAGCUUGUGUCUGGGAUACAAGUACUGUAGUUGACAGGCUAGCCCACAGUGUAGCCUAAUUCCACAUCUCUAUUCCGUGAAUGUGUUGAGGGAGCCGCGCGCAACCUUGGAUUGCAUUCUUAUAUCUUUUUUUUACUUGGAGGAACGACACCCAAACAGGUGCGCUUUUGCCGCACCUUUUUUUUUUUUUUUUUCAG